AUGCCUGGUCCUCCCUCACAUCCUUCACUGAGUGCCCUGAUGCUGGCAGUCUUGCGCCUCUACGAGCACCGCACCAACAUCGACGUCUGGUCGUUCUUGCUGGAGCCGCUGCGGAACCUGGUCCCCUGCGAAGAGGUCAAGAUCGUCGUGCGCUGCAUCGCUCCUCCACAAGUUACUUCCUUGGGCUCACACGACCGCGAGGCCCGGCGGCGGGUCAUCGCCGUGACGACCGUCGACCGCUGGCCAGCGGAGCGGAUCGAAGGCCACGCCGCCCUCACGCAGCGCAUCCAGGUCAUUCCUUCCCAGGAGGCUGUGCGGCGGAAUUGGGACCGCUACGAGGUGGUCCAGUCCCACUGUGACUCUCCCAGCGCGGGUCGAGCCACGUGCCGAGCUUGCAAUGUUGGUGGAGGCCUACGUUGCCUCGCAGCGGUUCCACUCUUCGACGCUGGGGGCAAUGUGCUGGCCGUGGCCAAGUUCGUGAAUCGCCGGAUAUGGUCUCCAGACGGCCAGCAGCAGCCAAGUCUAGAGUUCAGCCAGCUGGAUCUCACGAUGCUGUCCGCAUUCUCUGCCAUCUUUGCCUGUGUUGCGCCGCACCCUUUCCUGCCCUUACUGGGCACUGGGCAACUCCAGCGCCCACAGGUGAAGCUGCUCUUGGGCGACUAUCUCAUGAAGGUUGUCCUCCGCUGGCAAGUGCCCGUGGAGCUGCGUGGCCAGCUCUGCCACGAGGUCUGCUUUGGGCCCGUGGACCAUGAGGACGAGUUUCAGGGCUUCGCGGGUCCCGGCCGCUGCCAGGCACGAGAGGAGCUGCAGACGGUGCCGUGCGGUUACCUCGAGCCGUUGGAGGAUGCUGGCUCCGAGCUGGAGCUGACAUUCGAGUUCGAGGUGCCCAUCUUGCACGCGGGCCCAGACUACGCCUUCAGCGUCAGAUGCAGGAACCAACAGAUGGCGCUCGAGUGGUCGGAGCCGUCCAUGCGAGUUUCCACUUGCCUCGUGCCUCCGUACCCCGAGCGGGAGGGCCUGCGCCUGACGCCGCUGAGCGAGAGCGCGGUCCAGCUUGAAUGGGUGCCCUUCCGCACCUGUGGAGAGCUUGCUCUUGUGGAGUACCGCGUCGUGGCACAGGCGGCGCCGAGUCUGAGCCGAGAGGAGGCGCCGAGCUCGCCGAGCGCCUCCCCGACAUCCCCGGAUGAGGAGCUCGGGGAGCAGGUCGUUGCGUGUUUCAUCUCCGAUGGUUCGCGAGCCAUGGAGAUGACCACGGUCGCCUACUUGCAGUCCAAUGUGAGCUACACCUUUGCAGUGGAGGCUCGCUAUCCCCACGUCGGGCCUCGGGACUUCUCCCGCGCGCUCCGGAGCGAAUGCUUCUGCUCUCCGACCGCGGACAUCACCCUACCCGCCCCUCAGCCAUUGGCCCUCGACUCCGCCUCGCCAGUGGAGGUUGCGGCUCGCCAAGGCCAAAGCGAGGCUUCACCACCCUUGCUGGUCCGCUGGCCAUAUCCGAAGGACCUUUCAAGCCAGCUCGUUCUGCAGUAUCGUGCUGCGACGGCUGCCGGGCUGAACCGGUUUCAGGUCUCCAUGUGGAACACGGUCCCAGCCAGCGCGUCGGUGGAGGCGCGGCUCAGGCUGCAGGCGGGCGGCGACCCGGAGCGGCUCCAGCUCCGGCUUCUGCGAUUGAACCUUGCGGAGUGCACAGCCAUCCAGCUCCGGGUCCUCAUGACCCAAGGCCGGGGCCGCGCCGCCUCGCCGCCCUCGGCCUGGUUCCAUCCCCGGCCCCCGGCCAGGCCGCAGCGCUUGGAGCUGCAACUCCGUGCACAGGAAGCCGGCCUCUCUCUGCGCUGCGCCUGGGAGCAGCCUCUGCAGAUCCGAGCACCCGUCGACGAGGAUGUGGGCCCUGUGGCCUACGCGGUCCAGCAUGACUUCUCUCGUGGCAAUGGGAUCCAGGCGACCCGCUUCCAGGCGCAGUUUCGCGAGAAGCAACUCUUGAGAGUCACGUGA